GUGGUCGAGGCCUAUAAGCAAGGCCUCAGACCAGCCAUUGGCUAUGAGCUCAACCCCUGGCUGCUGUGGCUCUCCAACUACCGGGCCUGGAUGGCUGGGUACCACGGGAAGGUUUCCUUCCUGAAGAAAGAUCUGUGGAAGGUGAAUCUUUCUGAUUGCUACAAUGUGAUUGUGUUCCUGGCCCCCAGUGUGAAACCUCCCCUAGCCGCCAAGCUCCUUGCAGAACUCCCUGACGAAGCCCGGGUGGUGGCUGGACGCUUCCCCUUCCCCUCCUGGCCCCCCAGCAGCACCCUUGGGCAGGGGAUGGAGCAAGUCUGGGCCUACGACAUGAAGGAAGUGCGACGAGCAGCACAGAGCAGCGCAGAGGGAAGCCCGAUCUAA